UAUUUAAUUAUGAUGUUCAAUUAUUAACAGUCCUUGCUGUUUAAAACAAUGUAUUGUAUUAUUAUUGAUUUGCGAAGUGCAGUUUUCAUGGUUUUGUAUAAACUUUGCACCAAAUUAUGCAAGAAUGGAUAGGUUAAAAGUCAGGACAACAUUACGUAAUGUCAAAUCCAUGGAUAUACCAUCACAAAUAUUCUAACGAACAUUCCCAAAAUAUGAACAAUCGGAGGAGGCGAUCACCACAUAGGAACAGCGGAGUUCUUAAACUAUCUGCUACUUCUGAUAAUAUUCCUCCACCACCAAAGGUGAGAGUAGAAUUUUUCACCAAUGAGAAGUCAUUAAAGGAGAAGUUACAGCUAUAUUUCAUCAAAAACCAAAGAUCAAGCCUGCGGAUCAGAAUUUUUAAUCUGCUUAUCAAGCUUCUGUCAUGUGUACUUUACUUAGUCAGAGUUGGCUUUGAUACAGUGGAAAUUUGUAACGACAAUGACUCAGCUAGUGCUAAUGCCUCAUCACAAUGUCAUCGAUUAACAGACCCUUCUGAAUUCAGACACAAUCCUGUUAUUAACUGGAAUCACAUACUUUUUGUAAACAGAGACGAUGUGUUGUGGGCUGUUCAAGUUAGUGUGGCAUGUAUCAGUCUGGCAGAGACAAUCCUUGUCCAAUAUCUCAGCUAUAAGGGCAAUAUUCUUCAGCAGAUCAUAUCAGUGGAGUUUAUUCUGGAGCUGAUAAACACAGUACCAUUCUUUGUCACAAUGGUAUCUCCAGAACUCAGGAAUUUGUUUAUUCCAGUGUUUUUCAACUGUUGGCUUGCCAAAUCAGCUUUACAGAAUAUGUUUAAUGAUUUACAUAGAGUGAUGAUGAAAGCACACUCAGCUCUUGCUCAACAGUUAAUGAUAUUAUGUGCUACAAUUCUGUGCCUUGUUUUCACUAGUGUUUGUGGUAUCCAGCACCUUCAGAGGGGAGGAAAUCAACAGUUUAAUUUGGUAGAUUCCAUUUGGUUUGUGGUUGUGACAUUUUCUACUGUAGGGUAUGGAGAUAUCUAUCCAGAUAUAUGGAUCAGUCAGAUGUAUAUGAUCAUUAUGAUAGGAGCUGCACUUAUAGUUCUGCCUACACAGAUUGAAAAUUUAGGAUAUACUUGGUUAGAAAGACAGAAGCAAGGUGGAGCUUACAGUAGCCAUCGUGCACAGACAGAAAAACAUGUGGUAGUUGUAGCCACAACAUUACAAUCAGACACAAUCAUGGACUUUUUACAUGAAUUUUAUGCUCACCCUGCUCUUCAGAGCUACUUUGUUGUGUUAUUAUCACCUUGUGAAUUAGAUCCGACAAUGAAGAUGUUAUUACAAGUACCCAUAUGGUCACAAAGAGUUAUAUACAUACAAGGGUCAGCAGUGAAAGACACUGACCUCAUCAGGUGCAGGGUCCAGGAUGCCUUAGCCUGUUUUAUUCUGGCAGCCAGGAAUUAUGUAGAUAAAGGAGCUGCAGAUCAGCAUACAAUCCUCAGGUCAUGGGCUAUCAAAGAUUUUGCUCCAGACUGUCCACAAUAUGUUCAGAUCUUCAGACCAGAAAAUAAAUUCCAUGUUAAAUUUGCAGAACAUGUUGUGUGCGAAGAUGAAUUUAAAUAUGCUUUACUUGCCAAUAAUUGUUUGUGUGCAGCAACAUCAACUUUAGUAACAUUAUUGAUACAUACAUCCAGAGGACAAGAAGGUCAGACAUCGUCAGAAGAAUGGCAGCAGUUAUAUGGAGAACGCUCAGGAAAUGAAAUAUACAGCAUUAAAUUAGAGGACAGUACGAAAUUCUUCAGAGAAUAUGAAGGAAAAAGCUUUACAUAUGCUUCAUUCCAUGCUCAUAGAAGGUUUGGUGUUAGCCUUGUAGGAGUACAGCAAGAUCUCCCAGAUGCCACUAUUCAGCUCAAUCCUGGUCCUCGGCAUAUCAUGAAAAAAUCAGAUAUUUGUUUUUAUAUGAAUAUAACCAAAGAAGAAAAUACACAGACAUUCCAUGUGACACAUUCAGUGGAGGAUAUUACAGCCAAAGGAGAUACAGUUAGUCUACCAGAUGCCACCAAACAGGUGUCCAAAGUGGCAUCAGUUGUGGCUAAUGUUGGACCAUCCAUGGAUAUGAAGAAAAACCAAAGCACAUCACAAUCAUCUCCUGCAGACCUUGCUCGAGUACCCAGUAGAAGACUUCACCUUGACCUUCCUAAAGGUUUGACUAGUCGUAACUUACAGAAACGACCAAGUAUAGCCCCUGUACCUGCCAUGUUAGAAGCCAAUGACAUACGACUACAACUAUGUAGUUCUGACGUAGAAUCUGACGAGGAAGAUGAUAUUGUGUUUGCUGAUGAAGAGAAAGAGACUGAUAGAUUUCCAGAUUAUAUCCGAGGUUUCCCACCAGUCACACCUUACAUUGGUACAAGUCCAACACUUUGUCAUCUUAUGGAAGAAAAGAGAGAAUUUUGUUGUUUACGAUUAAACAAAACCUGUGAACACUGUAACUAUAGUAAUGCAAAUGAAUAUAACUGGCACAACAGAACCAUAAUACUGGCUGCUGACAAUGCUAGUAAUGGAAUCUACAACUUUAUAGUACCGCUACGGUCCCAUGCUAGACCAAAAUCAGCAAUUAAUCCUAUUGUUCUUCUACUAGAAAAAGAUCCUGCUUCCACAUUCCUAGAGACAAUCUGCCAUUUUCCUAUGGUUUACUGGAUGAAGGGAUCCAUAGAAUGCCUUGAAGAUUUGCUUGAAGCUGGUAUUAAUCUGGCUGAUAAUGUGGUAGUUGUCAACAAGGAAACAUCUAACUCAAAAGAGGAUGAAUUCUUAGCAGAUUGUAAUACUAUUGUAGCUGUUCAGACAAUAUUCAGACUGUUCCCAAGUGCCAAUAUAAUAACAGAACUGUCACAGUCUUCAAAUAUGAGGUUCAUGCAGUUCAGACCUAAUGAUCAGUACUCAUUUACUCUUGCCAAACUAGAAAAAAAAGAAAAAUCCCGAGGAUCAAACCUGUCCUAUAUGUUCAGGAUACCAUUUGCUGCAGGGAAUGUGUUCAGUGCCAGUAUGUUAGAUACAAUAUUAUAUCAGGCUUUUGUUAAACCGUACGUGAUAACCUUCACCAGAUUGUUACUUGGGGUAGAUCAAGCUGUAGGAUCAGGACAUUUAUCUUCUAUGAAGAUAAAAAAGGAAGAUUUAUGGAUUAGAACAUAUGGAAGAUUGUACCAAAAGUUUUGCUCUACAACUUGUGAAAUACCUAUAGCUAUAUAUAGAACUCAGUUACAGAGUAGUGGGGAGAAAACUCCUAGCUCAACGUUUGCAGGGCGAGAUCAGUCUGCACUCAACUUAGCAUUUAGAAACUCAGUUAAAAGAAGACGACCAGAACCAUCGAAAUCACAACCAGAAGUGUCACUAAGUUUGAUCGGACUAGACAGUGAAGAGGAAGAUAGCCGAUGUCACAUGACCCCAGAGAGGCACGAGAUAUGUCAGAUGGUGCGAUGUAGAAUGCAAAGUCUUAAACAACCACUAAAUGAUUAUGAUGCAGCAAGUGACAAAAGAAACACAAUAUCAUAUGUGAUUAUAAACCCCAGUUAUGAUCUUCGUCUAAAGGAGGAUGAUAUAAUAUACCUGAUUAAACCAAGUUCCCUGUCACCUCAACCAUCACCUUUGAUUGAUGAGAGGAAGAAAAUGCAGUCACAACCACGAGAAGAACCAACAGGGGCAGAUAACUGUGAUAUAGAAGCUACUAGUCCUGUAAUCAGCAGUGAUAGUAGAACUGAUGGAGAUACUCCAGGUGCAGAUUCAUCGCAUGGAAACUGUAAGCAAAUUCCAGUGGUAUUUGUGGGUGACAGUGAAGAUGAGUCAUAUUCUCCCACCACCAAUUCUGUGCCACAUUUUCAUCUGGGUAGUGCCGCAGAUCAGACUGUGUACAGAAAACAAAAAGGGUCAGUACCAGAACUCUAUAAUAAUCAUAAUGAGUUCAGUUACAAAAAACCACUGGUCAGCAAAAAAUCUGCUCCUGAACUUAGAACUCCAAAUUCUGCAGGGCUCAAAGGCACAGUUGUGUGAAUUGUUUUUUCUAUUGAACCAACAUCUUCUACUCCUAGAGGAUUGCACCGGACUCCUGAUUAAUACUAGCUGUGCUCAUGAACCAAGACUUCACUUAAUCCUGCACUGCAUGAGAGACAGUUAUGAGUAACAUCAAUAAAUGUGUACAUGUGCCAAGAAGAAUUCCUAAACCACUGCAGAGAGACAGCUAAAAGACUGAAAAUGAAUGCAUUUAAACUUAAAACUCAGAGUCUUUUUAAGAUGGUUGUGAAAAACAUAAACAAGAAUUCCCGAGCUAUCUUAUCUCUGGAUGUCUUUGUGUUUUUCAAAAUAACAAAUAAAUGCACCUGAACCAACAAUUAUACUUUGUCUCAAUAAGAUUGGAGUAAGAGGCAUCAAUAAUUGUGUCCAGACUAGAACUAAGAGGCAUCAAUAAUUGUGUCCAGACUAGAACUAUGUGAAUAUUACAUAACCAUUUUACUAGGACAGUUGUGCUUUUAUCAUAAUUGACUUUAUAUGAAAUAUUGUGAUACUUUUAUAAUCUACAUUUGAUAUCAUUUUUUGAUGUUCAGUAAUACGAUGUUUCUCUCUUGUUAUAUUGUAUACUGGACAUUAAGCUAGCAACAAUCAAUCAAUCAUGUUAUAUUAUAAAACUUUCAUUGAUUUCAUGUUUUUAUAAUUACAUAAUUCUGCCAGUUUCUAAAUAAAGGUAAUAUAAUGUGGAAGGACAUUUUUGGGAAAAUUGAGAAUAGGAGAAUAUAUUAUUUAUAUUUCUUUCUUUCUUUAAAUCAAAGAUUUAAUAAUUGCUCUCUUUGUCAAUCCUUUAGAUAAAUAAAUAAAUCAAAAUUAAUUUUAUAAUGUCAUAAUACUAUAUUGCUAUUUUGCUAAUGAUGAGCAGUCUUCCAUAAUUUAAACAAAAGAGGAAAAUAAGCAAAUUUGUUAGUAAUUAAGGAUUAGACAUGGAUGGCAAGAGUAAGUGUUCUGGGAACUGAAAUGAAGGAUGCCAGAUAGAAUAAGAAAUAAGUGAAGAGGAAAGUGGGAGGAUUAAUGAGGGAAUUACUGCCCCCUUGUCCACCUCUCAAUAUUAAAUUUUCAGCUGAUUUACUGAUAAAAAGUGCUUUUGAGUAUCAAUUUUAAAGACAAAUUAGAGGAAUUAAAAAGAAAUUAUCUCUGUCUUAUUGAAAUUUAGUUUAACUUGGAAAGAUUUUCAUAGUGAAUAAUAAGAACUCAAUGUUUGAUACAUAGUUUAAAAAUAAGGAGAUUUGGUAUACUUAAAUCUAUAGCUUUUUCACAUAUCAAUUUUAUCUAGUUUUAUACAUUUGAAGAUGGUGUGUACAUUUAUAUACAAUGUGGGUAUAUUGAAAUCCAAUUUAUUAUUUGUAUAUUAUUUUAUAUGGAUGUUAAAAUGUGUGACUGUAUUAUGGUAUAUGUUUGUAACUAACAAUUUAUAUUUUUUUUCAGAAGUUUACUUGAUCAAUUUUUUACAUAUUUUGAAAUGGUGAUAGUGAUAUUCUGAAUAAAUUAACUAAUUAUCUGAUUUUAAGGCCUGUUUUAAAAUUUAAGAUCUAAAAUGGAAAUAGAUAUAUUAAUAUUUAAGGAUUUGGGCCGAAUUGCAACUUAGAACUCAUUAAAUUGUGUCAGGCAAACUCAUGUCAAAUAAUGUUAAAAACUUAUUUUAUUAACAUCAAAAGUAAAAAAAAAUAUUUGCUUGUUAUAUAUAUAUAUUGAAAGUAAGCUAACAGUUUUUUUUAGGAAAACUAGAUCAAAACAGAGAUCAAGUAGACAAAAUAGGAAAUUGUUAUGGCCUAUAAAGGUUAAUGAAUUUGUGCCUAAUAUUUAUCAAAAACUAGUGCUGAAAAAAUUUAAUGAUCUAACCACUGUUAAAGUGACUUGAACCAGCUGGCUGGAAAAAUUAACAGAAUUCCGGUUAAAAAUACACUCUCAAAAUUGUUUUUUUUUAUCCUUCAUAUUCUCCCGACACAAAAAUUGACAAAUCUACUUUUUACUAUAUGAUAAACCGAUUUUUAUGGGUUGCAGUCAUCUAAUGCUAGGCACAGCAGAUUUUAUUUAUGAAUAUGGUUUAUAUUAUUUGGUGCUGUAAAUGUUGUGCUUAGUACCCAAAGUGUUUCAUUAUGUAUGUUAUACUUAAAUUUUCAUGUUGGUUGUAACAAAAUAUGGUUUGGCGUCUAUUUUUUUUUUAUGCCCCACCUAAGAGGCUAAGACAGUAGAGGGGCAUUAUGUUUUUCGGUCUGUGCGUCCAUUUGUUUGUCUGUCUUUCUCGCUUCAGGUUAAAGUUUUUGGUCAAGGUAGUUUUUGAUGAAGUUAAAGUCCAAUCAACUUGAAACUUAGUACACAUGUUCCCUAUGAUAUGAUCUUUCUAAUUUUCAUGCCAAAUUAGAGUUUUGACCCCAAUUUCACGGUCCAUACAUAGAAACAUAGAAAAUGAUAGUGUGAGUGGGGCAUCCGUGUACUAUGGACACAUUCUUGUUUGUGUCUAAAAUCAGAUAAUGUAAGAAUUGCAUUUAUCGUUGUGAACAGUAUUCGAAAUAAAAUUCCCAUUUAAUCCUACUGGAUUAAAAUUACAUAGAGUACAAUUAAACAUUUCGGUGUUUUGUAAUGUUAUUUCUUAACUUUUAUGGUUGUAUAUAAAGGUUUAAUACAAUUAAACAAACUAGUCAUUUUUUAUCAGAUUAUGUACUCGAGUCAUUUUUAUGAGAUUAAUUGAAUGACGUAAUUUGAUGUUGAGUUUUUUCCUGUGGACAUCAAAUUGUAAUGUGAUACACAUAAGUCUGAUAAGAGAUCCUUUGCUAGAUUCUAGUGAUGAAUUAAACAAGGCUAAAAGAAAAAUUUGGUUGAUUAUAUAGGGAAUCACUGAGGCAUGACUGGAGCGGGGGCCCCCUCUUAGGCAGUCAGUGGGCCCCCCCUUAUGAAAAUUUCUGUAUCCACCACUGAAUUGUUCAGAAAAACCUUUUAUCUAAAGCCUAGCGUCAGUAUAACAAGUUGAAUUUGGCAGAUUUAUGAUGGAAUUUGCACACUUAGACCUCCAACAUUGCGACAAAUGGGAAGUAACUCAUGCUCAAAUUGUGUCAAAUGAAACCCAUCUAUAUUGACAGUAAUUUUCAUUAGUAAGGCCAGUAUCUAACUAUCCUUUAAAGAUUAUUAAACAAGAAAGCAUUUUUCUGUCCUGUUUAAAUUUUUAGUACUAGUCUCAUUGGCAUUAAAAUGUAAGAUAUAUAUACAAUUGAAGAGGGCAUACAUUUUAAAAAUUAAAAUUUUUAAAUAAACAGUAUGUAAAUAAGAUUGAAUGUUUGAAAUAGUAUCCUAAUUAUCGGUAGCUGAAUUUGUUCUUCUAACGGAAUAUUUGUCUGAUGAAUAAAUUUGUUCAUCGCGGUCUCCUGUUUUUUUAAUGUGAUCUUUGAAAAUUGUACGAGUUGUUAAAAUAUUUUUUAAUCAACUUUAUGAUUAAGAUGUUUUAUUUAUAUGGAAAGUUUAAAUAUACAGUUCAUUAUAUUGUGCAUAUUUCAACAUAUUUACCGAGAAUCUCAGUUUUAUUUAUUGUUUUGUCAAUAUUUUUUAUUGUGAUUUACCAGUUUUGUUUGUUUACAUACCUUUGUUGUUUUUAUUUAUUUUUUGUUAUUGCUGUACAAUGCUCUAACUGGUAUAUAUACCAGUAUGUAUAUGUUAUUGUAAUUUAUUGGUUUUUUAUUAACUUCUUUAUUGAGAGAUAUAAAAGUUUUUAUCUUCCUUUAGUUGGGUGGUAUAAUAGUUUUUAUCUUUCUUUUGAUUGAGUGAUCUUCCUCUUGUUAGCUGAUAUAACAGUUUUAUCUUCUUUUUAUUGGGUAAAAAAACAGCUUUCAUCUUUUUUUAAUUGUUCUUCUUGGCCAUUCAAGAAAAAAAAAAUUCAAUUGUUAAAUGAAAUAUUUAAAGAGCAAAUAGCCAUUGAAAUCAAAAUUUCCAGGAAGAACUCAGACGUCACGAAACUAAGGUGUUACCCAGUUUGGCACUGCAUUUAACGAACUAAAUAUUCCAAGUGUGAAUAAUCUUUUGCAAUAUUGUAGCUUGUGAUAACUAUAUUUGAUAGAGAAUUACUUUUACUGGUGAAAAAUACUAGUGUUUAUAGUACCAAUCAAGGUUUAGAUAAUCAGUGGAAUAGGAUUCAAACAACUGUAUGAUAUGCAGAAAAGUAUUCUUACUUUUUCUUAUAUUUCACUGAAAUUUUGGUUGUCUGUAUUUGUAAUGCAUCAAUUAAAACUAUAUAUAUACAGAUGUUUAUAUAUUGUGUUAUUUUUUUAAUUUCUUGUUACAAAUAAAAAAUAAAAUUUG